UGAAUAGUUAUAGGAUACUGAUUUUCUGGCCAGUCUUCAAUAACACGAGUGGCCAAUUUUCGUAUAACGACUCCCGAAUACUUUCAGUUUUUCGCGUCAUGUCUUUGAGCUCUUUGCUUCGUUUCUAUCGUUUCCCGUCGAAACCAUUGGUUAGCCCGGCUGCUGCGAUUAGUUCUGUGAGAUCUACAAGCAACAAGCAAUCACCAUCUAGCUGUUUGAGUUAUCCAGGAAAACCAAAACAUUCAAGUUCAUAUGAAGCAAUUAUAAUUGGAGGAGGACAUAAUGGUCUGGUUGCUGCUGCGUAUCUCCAGUUAGCAGGCUUUAAAAAAGUCUGCGUCCUUGAACGCAGGCAUGUCGUAGGUGGUGCUGCCGUGACGGAGGAGAUAAUCCCAGGGUUUCAUUUUUCGCGUGCAUCCUAUUUACUCAGUUUAUUGCGUCCAUCCAUUAUCAACGAUUUGGAGCUCAAGAAACACGGAUUGAAGCUUCAUCUGCGGGACCCAAGUUCUUACACUCCGCUUUCUACCAAUCACUGGAAAACAGGCGGAGCUCGUUCGUUAACACUAUCUAGUGACAUUGAAUUCAACCGAAAGCAAAUAUCGAAAUUCUCCAAACGUGACGCCGAGGCCUAUGAAAACUACGAACAAUGGCUGUCGCGAUUAGUGGCUGCCAUCGACCCUCUCAUUGAUUCGAAAGCCAUCGAUUUGAAUUUUCCCGGUUCUUUUUAUUCGAAUGCCAAGAGUCUUUUGGCCGUGGGCAAAAGUGCAUACAAACUUCGCAAAGAAAUCGGAUCGUUUUACGAUUUAAUGACAGCUCCGGCUAGCAAACUGCUCGACCAAUUUUUUGAAUCAGAACCCCUCAAGGCAACCCUCGCAACUGAUGCAGUGAUAGGCGCAAUGAUGGGACCACACUCGAUCGGAAGUGGUUACGUUUUACUGCAUCACGUCAUGGGAGGAGUUGAGGGGAAACAAGGAGCUUGGGCCUACCCGGAAGGAGGAAUGGGGGCUGUGUCCAGUGCCAUGGCGAAAUCGGCAGUUGAGAAAGGAGCGACGAUAUUCACAGACCAGACAGUAAAAGAAAUUAUGGUGGAUGAUGAUGGAAGUGUUGCAGGUGUUCGCUUGGCCGAUGAAACGGAAAUCUUCUCCAAGGUUGUUCUUUCCAACGCUACACCUCACGUCACAUUCGUUAAUCUGUUGCCUUCCGGAGCGCUUCCUGAAUCGUACCUCAAUAAAGUGAAAUCGGUUGAUUACACAUCGCCAGUGACAAAGAUUAAUGUUGCACUUAACGCAUUGCCAAACUUCCUUGCCGAUCCACAUCAAACAUCGGGGAUAGGGAGAGCGGCUCCGCAUCAUCGUUGCACUAUACAUUUGAAUUGCGAAGAGAGCCAUAUGCUCAAUAAAGCGUUCCAGCAAGGCCAACAAGGGUUGAUUCCCGACAGGCCAAUGAUUGAAAUGACUAUACCAUCUUCAUUAGACCCGACCAUCUCACCGAAAGGCUGUCACGUAGCUCUGCUCUUCACACAAUACACGCCCUACGAAUUGCAGAAUGGGGUCCAAUGGGAUGACCAUUGGAGGGAGGUUUAUGCCCAGAGAAUAUUCCAACAAAUUGAAGAAUAUGCCCCAGGAUUUCAGCAGAGCAUCGUCGGCUAUGAAGUGCUUACACCCCCCGAUCUGGAGCGCAUCUUUGGGCUAACUGGAGGAAAUAUUUUCCACGGAGCCAUUAGCUUGGAUCAACUGUAUCUAUCUCGUCCGUUUUCUUCCUGGAAAGCGCAUAACCAAAGAGAUCAUUAUCCAUCGUUACCUCGGACGCCAAUCAAAGGACUCUACAUCUGCGGAAGUGGAGCUCAUCCUGGUGGCGGCGUGAUGGGGACUCCAGGACGUUUGGCAGCGGAACUUGUCGUAGAAGAAAACAGACGUUAAGCGCUCUGCUACACACGAAUGCAAAUAAGCUUCAAACAUUUAACUUCUUGGGAUGUUUCUUCAUAUUUUUCAAUCUUGCCAAUGAUGAAUUGCAGGUAUAAUAAUAUAAUAUGUAAGAGUUUAAUGAAGAA